CAAUUUUGUCACGUGAUGAAAGAUGGCUGCGCCCUUGAGCUUACUCCGACAUGGCCUGUCAAAAAAGUUUUUCAGAUCAGCAACAAAAACACGGGUAUUAUCAGCUUGUCUUCAGAAAAGAUGGCUCCACUUACAGGAGUACCAGAGUAAGACAUUGAUGAAAGAUCAUGAGAUUGAAGUGCAACAUUUUGAAGUUGUUGAUAAUGCAGAGGAUGCCAAGUCAGUGCCAUCAAGGCUCAAUGCCUCCGAGUAUGUGAUAAAAGCCCAGAUUUUAGCUGGAGGACGAGGGAAAGGUAUUUUCUCAAAUGGUUUCAAAGGAGGUGUUCAACUUACAAAAGACCCAACCAAAGUUUCAGAGCUGGUCUCAAAUAUGGUUGGUCAAAAACUAGUCACAAAACAAACACAUGAUGAUGGAGUUCUUGUGAAGAAAGUCAUGGUCGCAGAAGCGCUUGACAUUGCACGUGAAACUUACAUUGCCAUCCUUUUAGAUAGACAGUUUAAUGGACCAGUCAUCGUUGGAAGUGCUCAGGGUGGAGUGGACAUAGAGGAAGUUGCAGCAAAAACUCCAGAGGCCAUAUUUCAUGAACCAGUUGACAUAAUGGAAGGUUUAAGUAAGGAAGCAGCAGACAGAGUAGCAGAGAAACUUGGCUUUACAGGCAAGCAACAUGCUCUUGCAUCAGAUCAAGUGUCAAAGCUAUACAAGAUGUUUGUAGAUGUUGAUGCAACUCAGAUUGAGAUCAAUCCAUUUGUAGAGACCCCUGAUGGAAGAGUUGUUUGUUUUGAUGCCAAGAUGAAUUUUGAUGAUAACGCUGAAUAUAGACAGAAAGAAAUCUUUGACAUGGAUGAUUUAUCAGAAAUGGACCCACGAGAGGUGGAGGCAAUAGAACAUCACUUGAAUUAUAUAGGACUUGAAGGAAAUAUAGGAUGCUUGGUAAAUGGAGCUGGUUUAGCGAUGGCUACGAUGGACAUUAUCAAGUUGUUUGGUGGAGAACCUGCAAACUUCCUGGAUGUUGGAGGUGGUGUUACAGAGGCACAAGUUUAUAAUGCAUUCCAUAUAUUGACUGCUGAUGCUCAUGUUAAAGCUAUUUUGAUUAAUGUAUUUGGUGGUAUAGUGAACUGUGAGACAAUGGCCAAUGGUAUAAUCAAGGCGUACACGGAGGCUCAUAUGACAGUUCCUAUGGUUGUCAGACUAGAAGGUCAGAAUGCAAAAUCAGCAUUACAAAUAUUGAUGGACAGUGGUUUGAACAUUACAACCGCUUCAGACAUGGCCGACGCUGCACAGAAAGUUGUCUCCAUGUUACCCAAAUCUUGAUAAAUUGUCUUGAUUAUAGAAAAUCUUGAAAAUUAACAUUUAGUGACGGCUAGAACACAAUCAACAACCAAUUUAUAAUUAAGAAUUAAUUUGCUUUGCCAGAAUGUGAUAUUCAGAAUUUAGGGAUUAAAUUUAUAUAUGCUGUAGAAAUUUAUAUUACUGUUAUGUUUGGGGUUUUAUCUGUAUGAAAUGGUAUACUGUGACAGAAUAGAAAUUUAGAUAUUUGAGUGCCUUCACUGUACAAUUUACAGAACAGGGCUAUCUCAUAUGCAUAUAAAGCACCAAGUUUUGUUUAUAGAAAGGUAAUUGGACCACAUACCUCAGGGAAAAUACGUAAUCAUUUAGAGUGUGAUUGUAACAGCUAGUGUAAUGUUAUUGUACCUAACAUAUAUGUUACAUUAAAGAUCCAUCUGUUUUAUGCCCUCUGUAUUGAAGUCCCUGGAGACAUAUACUGUUUGGACUGUGCAUCCGUCACACUUUCUUGUGUAUUGAACUCCUACAGUGUUAUAGCUACAUCAGAACAAUGCAUACUCAACAAUAGUUUCCAUCCAAUUGAAAUGAAACUUGAUAAAUGUCAUCAUCAUGAAGUGGACAUGCAUAUAUUUUAGCGACUUCCAUGUCGGAAUACAUUUUCGAGAGUAGUUGCCAUUUUCGGCACUUUGAAAUAUUACAACUAAUUCAGAACAUCUUGUACACACAACUCCUGCAGUUAACAUUAUCAUCAUCUAUUAAAAGGAGUUCCAUGUCAGUUUUUAUUUUUUAGCUCGACUAUUCAUAGAAUAGUAGAGCUAUUGGACUCGCCCAUGCGUCGGCGUCCACGUCCGCAUCGGCGUCCGCAUCCGCGUCCCGAUUUGGUUAAGUUUUUGUAUGUAAGCUGGUAUCUCAGCAACCACUUGUGGGAAUGGAUUGAAACUUCACACACUUAUUCACUGUGAUAAACUGACUUACAUUGCACUGGUUCCAUAACUCUAUUUUGCUUUUUAGCUCACCUGUCACAAAGUGACAAGGUGAGCUUUUGUGAUCGCGCAGUGUCCGUCGUCCGUCCGUGCGUCCGUAAACUUUUUGCUUGUGACCACUCUAGAGGUCACAUUUUUCAUGGGAUCUUUAUGAAAAUUGGUCAGAAUGUUCAUCUUGAUGAUAUCUAGGUCAAGUUCGAAACUGGGUCACGUGCGGUCAAAAACUAGGUCAGUAGGUCUAAAAAUAGAAAAACCUUGUGACCACUCUAGAGGUCACAUUUUUCAUGUGAUCUUCAUGAAAAUUGGUCAGAAUGUUCAUCUUGAUGAUAUCUAGGUCAAGUUCGAAACUGGGUCACGUGAAGUCAAAAACUAGGUCAGUAGGUCUAAAAAUAGAAAAACCUUGUGACCACUCUAGAGGUCACAUUUUUCAUGGGAUCUUCAUGAAAGUUGGUCAGAAUGUUCAUCUUGAUGAUAUCUAGGUCAAGUUCGAAACUGGGUCACGUGCAGUCAAAAACUAGGUCAGUAGGUCUAAAAAUAGAAAAACCUUGUGACCACUCUAGAGGUCACAUUUUUCAUGGGAUCUUCAUGAAAGUUGGUCAGAAUGUUCAUCUUGAUGAUAUCUAGGUCAAGUUCGAAACUGGGUCACGUGCGUUCAAAAACUAGGUCAGUAGGUCUAAAAAUAGAAAAACCUUGUGACCACUCUAGAGGUCACAUUUUUCAUGGGAUCUUCAUGAAAGUUGGUCAGAUUGUUCAUCUUGAUGAUAUCUAGGUCAGGUUCGAAACUGGGUCGCGUGUGGUCAAAAACUAGGUCAGUAGGUCUAAAAAUAGAAAAACCUUGUGACCACUCUAGAGGUCACAUUUUUCAUGGGAUCUUAAUGAAAGUUGGUCAGAAUGUUCAUCUUGAUGAUAUCUAGGUCAAGUUCGAAACUGGGUUACGUGGAGUCAAAAACUAGGUCAGUAGGUCUAAAAAUAGAAAAACCUUGUGACCACUCUAGAGGUCACAUUUUUCAUGGGAUCUUUAUGAAAGUUGGUCAGAAUGUUCAUCUUGAUGAUAUCUAGGUCAAAUUCGAAACUGGGUCACGUGCCUUCAGAAACUAGGUCAGUAGGUCUAAAAAUACAAAAACCUUGUGACCACUCUAGAGGUCACAUUUUUCAUGGGAUCUUCAUGAAAGUUGGUCAGAAUGUUCAUCUUGAUGAUAUCUAGGUCAAGUUCGAAACUGGGUCACGUGCGGUCAAAAACUAGGUCAGUAGGUCUAAAAAUAGAAAAACCUUGUGACCACUCUAGAGGUCACAUUUUUCAUGGGAUCUUCAUGAAAAAUGGUCAGAAUGUUCAUCUUGAUGAUAUCUAGGUCAAGUUUGAAACUGGGUGACGUGCGGUCAAAAACUAGGUCAGUAGGUCUAAAAAUAGAAAAACCUUGUGACCACUCUAGAGGUCACAUUUUUCAUGGGAUCUUCAUGAAAAAUGGUCAGAAUGUUCAUCUUGAAUAUAUCUAGGUCAAGUGCGAAACUGGGUUACGUGCCUUCAAAAACUAGGUCAGUAGGUCUAAAAAUAGAAAAACCUUGUGACCACUCUAGAGGUCACAUUUUUCUUGGGAUCUUCAUGAAAGUUGGUCAGAAUGUUCAUCUUGAUGAUUUCUAGGUCAAGUUCGAAACUGGGUCACAUGCGGUCAAAAACUAGGUCAGUAGGUCUAAAAAUAGAAAAACCUUGUGACCACUCUAGAGGUCACAUUUUUCAUGGGAUCUUUAUGAAAGUUGGUCAGAAUGUUCAUCUUGAUGAUAUCUAGGUCAAGUUCGAAACUGGGUCACGUGCCUUCAAAAACUAGGUCAGUAGGUCUAAAAAUAGAAAAACCUUGUGACCACUCUAGAGGUCACAUUUUUCAUGGGAUCUUCAUGAAAGUUGGUCAGAAACGAUGUCAUACUCAAAACUGGGUCAUGUGGGAAGAGGUGAGCGAUUCAGGACCAUCAUGGUCCUCUUGUUUACAAAAUUAUGCCCCUUUUUCGACUUAGAAUUUUUUGGUUAAGGUUUUGUAUGUAAGCUGGUAUCUCAGUACUCACUAAUUGGAAUGGAUUGAAACUUCACACACUUGUUCACUGUCAUGAUUUGACAUACACAAAGCAGGUUCCAUAACUCUGUUUUGCUUUUUUACAAAAUUAUGCCCCUUUUUGGACUUAAAAUGUUUUGGUUAAGGUUUUGUAUGUAAGCUGGUAUCUCAGUAUCCACUAACGGGAAAGGAUUGAAACUUCACACACUUGUUCACUGUCAUGAUAUGACAUGCAGUGCAAAGGGUCAAUAACUCAUCUUUGCAAUUUACAAAAGUAUGCCCCUUUUUAAACUUUUUGGGUUAAAUUCUUAUAUGUAAGCUGGUAUCUCAGUACCCACUAAUGGGAAUGGAUUGAAACUUCACACACUUGUCCACUGUCAUGAGCUGAUAAGCACUAUGCAGGUUCCAUAACCCUAUUUUACUUUUUUACUAAAUUAUGCCCCUUUUUCGACUUUCUUAUUCAUUCAAGCGACAAGGCUGUUAAAUAGUCGAGCGUUGCUGUCCUCCGACAGCUCUUGUUUAUUAUGCCAAUUGUUUUACUUGAUAUUAUUGCACAAGCAUUUUUUGGGGGGCAUUUGUCAUAAAUUGUUAACAUCAUUCUUUUUCUUUUUAACUCCGGUUUUGUUUAUUCUAUUCUUCAAAUGAAAUUGGUGUGCAUUGUUAUUUUGUUGUUUAAGAUGAAAGUCCCGAAAACAUAUGGAAUAUUUAUGUGAAAUAAAACUUCUCAACACGACAAAGUGGUGUUUGUGGAUGCUACAACAUAAUUACCUUUAGAGCUAACAUUUUCUACUAAGUGUAUGAAGGUUGUUAUGAGUAAAGUAACAUGUUAAGUGUCAUGCCUGGACAUGAAAAUUCAAGGUCUAGUCUGUUGUUUAUAUUAGCUGACAGUCUUGUGUCUAACUUUUACUGACAGAAUUAGUUCAGGGUUUUUUCUAGCUAAUUUGGGAACAUAGCCUAUACCCCCCCCCAAAAUUGGGAGUUUUGACGCGUAAAUGUUCCAAAUUGGGAAAUAUUUAGUCCCAUAGGAUAUAGUAAGGAUGUGUUUAAGCACUUUCUUAUACACUUGUUUCACAUUGUACACCUCUUUAACAUACUUCCAUUACAUAAUUGUCCAUAAUUUGUUCAAUAUUUGUGCAAUUUUGAUGAUUUUUUUUCCAGAAUUUAGUUUGGGAAUUUUUGCACCCUUUUGGGAAAAAUACAUACUUUUGGCAUUGGGAAUAUAGCCGAAUAACGGCUAUAGAAACGGCCGGAAAAAAACCCUGUAGUUUAACUUCUGUUUCAACUUUAGUUUUAUAAUUCAUUAACAUUCGUUUAAACUGUGAAUCAAUCAGGUUUCACUAUAGAUGUAAAUAUAUUUAAUUUCAUAUUUUUGCAUAUAAUUCAUGUGAGUAGAUAAUGUAUAGGUAUGUAUUAAAUGGAAAAUAAUGUUUGUCAUUCGUUCUGAGGGUGUCACAUGUUCUUUGGAGUUAAAAUCAUUCUUUACUUUAAGCAAUGUAUGAGCAGCUUUAAUCAAGCAAUAAAAAAGUGAUGAAUAUACCUGAAUAACUUGAUUUAUGGUCCUCUUAAUCUUGAACUAUUUACAUAUGGAAAGUCGGUGGUUCUACCCUGGUGUCUGCUCAUGGAAACAAUGCCUGAAGAGGCACCUUGGGUCAGCAUGUAAAGCUGGGAAAGUGGCCAUGACCUAAAUUAUGUAAUUCUAAAAAUGCAACAAACUGAAUUAUUUCGAGAUGAGUAGUUGAAAAGGGCUUUUAAUAUUUAUUGUUAUCAUUAUAAAUACACAUUAAAUGUAUUGAAAAGGUGUUCAGCCAUUGUUGUUCAGGAUCUCGAGUCAUAUAUAUAGCUGUUGGAAUUUAAGGAUAACAUAUAAUAUGAAACUUAUAACAGUAGUAUGUAUAUGUUAAUACAGUUGCAUUUUUGUCUUCAUCUUAAAGAUGAAACUUUCAUAAGAAUUUUCCUCUUUAAUUACCUCCCUUUCCCAAAUUUUGUGUGUAGGGCUUAUCAGUGAUUAGCUUUCAAAAGUCAGGUUUUCGUAAAGCCUCAGUGCUUAAUUAUUUGCUGUCUAACUGAACUAGAAUUCAUUGGCAGAAAUAAGCAGAAGACAUUAUAUGAUGUUUACAAGCAUUCACAGAAAUUUUUAGAAAGGCUUGCUCCAUGAGUAGGUAUGUGUUUUAAGAAUCAAGUGUAAGUUGCAAAUUGUGCCAAUUUUAAUUUCUAGUUUCUGAACUACAGAAACGCUUUUAUAUGCAUAUUCUGAGAAACAUAGGCAAAUUUAGCCAUUAAGAACAGCAUUUGGGAGUAAUGAAAACGGUUGUUGUUCAAGUUACGGUCUAUAGGAACUGGAAAGGAUGCAAUGUUUAUAAUUAGAUGAAGUCAUCCAGAUUGUUUCUGCUGAUGACAAGAGAAAUAUCAAAGUUACGAUAACAUUUGUAAUUGCUAGGGUAUUGCUUAGACUGAAGCAAAUUAUUUUGUGGGACUUCAAAUAGCUGUAGAAGUUGAAUAUUAAUUGUGAUAUAUAAUUAUGUAUAUAUUAAUGAUUAUGAAAUAACAAAAGAUGAUUAAAUUUAAAAGUAACUGGAA